AAGCAUUGAAGAGAACACAAAAUUUGAAGCAUGGAGUGCGGAUCAAUGACAUUGAAGUGUUUCUUACUUCUGCUCGUUCUUCUAACUUCGCAAUCUCACUCCACAACUCCAUCAAAUCCAAAAUCCAUUGUUAAGAGUCUUCCUGGAUAUCCUGGCCAACUUCCUUUCAAGCUCGAAACUGGGUAUGUAGGAAUAGGGGAAAAGGAAGAAGCACAGUUCUUCUACUACUUUGUUGAAUCUGAAAGAAAUCCAGAUGAAGAUCCACUCAUAUUUUAUCUCACCGGUGGUCCUGGAUGUUCUGCUGUUAUCACCUUCUUCUAUCAAAUAGGUCCACUUAGCUUCAAUUUUGAAAAUGCUCCAGAAAACAUCACACUCACAACAAAUCCAAACUCAUGGACAAAGAUGGCUAAUGUAAUAUUUGUUGAUAUGCCUGCUGGUGCUGGAUUCUCGUAUGCCACGACAAAAGAAGCAUCGAUUAGCAGUGACAGCAUUGUCGUGAAGCAAGCUAACGAUUUUCUUAGAAAGUUUCUUAUCGACCAUCCUAGGUUCUUGAAAAACCCUCUAUACAUAACGGGUAUCUCUUACAUGGGAAUCGUCACGCCUAUCAUCACUCUAGAAGUGUACAACGCUAACGAACGCGGUGAUCAACCUGCAUUGAAUAUCCAAGGUUACAUUCUAUGCAGUCCCCUCACUGAUAAGUUCAUGGACUUCAAUUCUAGAGUCGAGUAUGCUCAUCGAAUGGCACUAAUAUCUGACGAUAUUUAUAAGUCUGCGACAGAAAACUGUCGAGGUAAUUAUGUGAACACCGACGACACAACCAAUUCAAUAUGCGUAAACAGUCUUGAAAGAUACAAGGAGUGCACAAGUAACAUAAAUAUGGAAGAUAUUUUGGAGCCGCUUUGUAACAAAUCAGAUCUGAAGCCAUACUGUCGAGAGUACUAUUACGAUUUUGCAGUAGAUUGGGCAAAUGAUGAGGCAGUGCAACAAGCUCUUAACAUUCGUCAGGGAACAAUUGGAAAAUGGGAGUUCUACAAUACUACCAUGCAUUACAGUGAAGGGAAAAACGACACAUUCUGCUACACUUAUGAUAUCUACAGUAGUUUUUCCUACCAUAAGAAACUUGUUAGCAAAAACUGUCGCGCUUUGAUCUUUAGCGGUGAUCAUGAUAUGACCUUUCCAUAUGUUGGAAUUGAGCAAUGGAUAGCUGCUCUUGGUCUUCCAAUUGACAGCCCAUGGGAACCAUUUUACGUUGACAAUCAAGUUGGAGGGUAUGAAAUGACAUACGUACAAAACAACUUUUCACUGACAUUUGCUACGGUUAAAGGUGCGGGUCAUUCGGUGGCACAAUACAAGCCCAAAGAAGCUAUGGUUCUAACCGACAGGUGGCUUGCUUCACAAGCUCAUUCAAGCGACAUGUAAUGCAUCAUGAAUUUUUUUCACCAUUUUUAAAUGUUAUGUUGUUCUACAACACGUUAUCAGCACGAACGGCUCAAAGGGCGAUAGACCGAUGCGUUUGAACUAAUCGGGAUAAUAGGCAGAGGACCGAGGCAUGUUUUCCGUGAGGUUUUUGAGUCUUUGGAAUCUACCGGAAUCCAUGGCCACCUUAAUCCUUAAACAAGGUAAAUUAUUGAGAAUUGUUUAACAGGUAAUUUUGAAAAAAAAUUAAUAAUUUUAUUAUAUCGUUAAAGUAUCUAACUUGCAUGAUGAUUGAAUCUAUGUCUUGUUUACUGGCUAUGAAUUAUUAUUUUAUACCACUAAUUUAUUUUAUUA